UAUCUUAAAAAUAUAUAUUAUUUUUAAAAAAAAAAGAGAGAGAGAGAGAGAGAGCUUAAUGUAAGUUCAAAUUUUUUUUAAAGAAAGUCCCAAGAAAUAAUGGCAACGCAAGUAAUUACUUAAAGCAACCAUUUUUUCCGUGUUCGUCUUCUCCUUCUUUGAUCAAUCCAAAGCAAGAAGCUUCAUAUUUCUUCAAAGCGACGGUCUCAGGCGGAGGAGCCGUUUUUGGGACCGCAAGCGUUCCUCCCACUGCCCAAACAAGUUUUGGGAGGUUUUCGUUUGUUAAUCGGUGACAAAUUAGACCACGAAUGAUUUAUAACUUAGCUCAGUACCUUUUGUUUUGGUUGGUGAGUUCAUUUCUGCAGUAUACUGGUUCGGGCCGUUCGGCUAUGGGAUCGUCAUAGUAGAUGGGUCAGUGUGGGACUGAGAAAGUGAAGAAACAAUUACUGGAUAUAGGUUUCUGAUACACUAUAAAGAUGAUGAAGUCUUCCGACUCUUCUGAGGAGUUUGGAAAGCAUGCAGACUCUGUGCAUCAUGUAAGGGAAGACAGUGAAUAUGUUAGGCUUGUUAUAAAUGAAACAAGAUCAACAGAAGCUGAAAUGUUGCAACCUCAGGCAGAAGGAAGGAAAUCUUUGCUUUGGUGGGUCAAGGCCUUAUUGUUAUGUGUUGUUGUCACUAUAUCUGUUCUCCUUUUGUUGAAGUGGGGAGUUCCAUUUGUUUUCGAAAAGGUUCUCAUCCCAAUCAUGCAAUGGGAAGCCACUGCUUUUGGACGCCCUGUUCUUGCUAUUGUUCUUGUUGCUUCUCUGGCUCUUUUUCCUGUGUUCUUAAUCCCUUCAGGCCCAUCCAUGUGGUUGGCUGGAAUGAUUUUUGGAUAUGGUCUAGGGUUUGUUAUAAUCAUGGUAGGAACAACUAUUGGAAUGGUCCUGCCAUAUUUAAUUGGUCUACUAUUUCGUGAUCGAAUCCAUCAAUGGUUGAAUAGAUGGCCACAGAAGGCUGAAAUGCUUAGACUUGCUGGAGAAGGGAGCUGGUUCCAUCAAUUCCGAGUAGUAGCUAUCUUUAGGGUUUCACCAUUUCCGUACACAAUCUUCAACUAUGCAAUUGUGGUAACAAGUAUGCGAUUUUGGCCUUAUUUAUGGGGAUCCAUCGCUGGAAUGGUACCAGAAGCUUUCAUUUACAUUUACAGUGGUCGGUUAAUAAGGACAUUAGCAGAUGUUCAGUACGGAAACUAUCACAUGACUACAGUGGAGAUUGUAUACAAUGUUAUUUCAUUCAUCAUUGCCAUUAUGACCACAGUUGCUUUCACUGUUUAUGCAAAAAGAGCUCUAAAUGAACUUGAAAUGUCAGAAACUAAUGGAGAAGCAUCUGUGGGCAACCAUGGUAGUUUUGAGAUGGAGAAGCUUCCACUUGAAAGACCUAAGCAUAUGAAACUUUCAUAUAUGUCAUCUUGAUCAGGAUACUAUUGAUAAAUAGCUCAGUUAGCGAAUCAGUUAGAGGUAUUAGAUUCUUUAACUUCUUGUUCCUUCUUUUGUCUAUUUUUUUUAUAGGGUAGUUUUGGUCUUUGUAAUUAUAAGAGAAGGGGAACAAAAUAUAGGGAAAGGGAAAGGGAAAGGGAAAAGGAAAAAAAAGUUAACUGUUUGUAUAAAAUGGAAAUGAUUUUAUAAGAUCGGUGUCUGGUAGUAAUGUUUGUUAUGCAGGAAAGUAAAAGAAGUGGCACCAAUUCCUGAUUAUUA